AUGACAUGGGGUAAAAUUGGAGAGUUAUACUCACCUGAACAAUUGAUAUUUCUUGAUGAGAGUGCGAAAGAUGAACGGUCAUUAUCACGAGGUUAUGGUUAUGCAUUCGCAAAUGCAUGUGCUCAAAAAAAGGUAGUAUUCGUUCGUGGAAAGCGAUAUACAAUAUUACCAGCACUAACAGUGGAAGGGAUUGUUGCUGUUGAGAUUAUGGAAGGCAGCUGUGAUAAAGAAAAGUUCAGCGAGUUCAUCCUGUCACGGGUGAUUCCAUGCAUGAAUCAAUAUCCUGGCUCAAAUAGUGUGAUUGUUCUGGAUAAUGCGGCAAUUCAUCAUGGAGGAGAGUGUGGGUCUCUAUUGUUGAAGGACUAG